UGUGUACUAAGCUCAUUCGCGUAGGAAGGUAAUAUAACACCCGAGUGAUCUAAUGAAAUGUCACGUUACACAUCACGUUACCUAACCAGCUGACAUUAAACUCGGUAUUCUGAGCUCUCUCGGACGGGUCACGUGAAGUGCACGUGACGCAUUAAAUCAUGUCCCUCUACUCUAAAUGCAUGUAAAUGUAAUCUACAUCAGAAUGGUUCGUUGGUUCGUCAGCACGUUGUGACUCAUUUCUUAUUCUCGAUCUCGUGUCUUUGUAAGCUUAAACACUAAACCUGACCUGAUUUGUUAGCUUGUUUUAAUCGACGCAUCCUUUUUGACGAGACAUUUAUAACUUCUUGGCAGUGAUAAGAAGUACAGGAUCAAAACAACUUAUUCGAGCAACUACUUCCUAGCUGUAAUCUAUCUUGUGAAGACUAUAUCCUACCCCAGGUUAUUGCAGGUUUGUUAAUAUUUUACAGUAUUUAGAAAACUCAAUCUUCAUUCUAUAUAAGUUUUUGAUUGAUCAAUUUGUUGAUUAAUUUGAGAGACAUCUAAAUGGGUAAUAUUUGAUAAUACGACAGCUCCAGCACGCUAUUUUAAAGCUGUAAUAUAAAGAAACUCACGCGGAGUAUAUCAAAUUUCAGUGAUAAGAAGUACAGGAUCAAAACAACUUAUUCGAGCAACUACUUCCUAGCUGUAAUCUAUCUUGUGAAGACUAUAUCCUACCCCAGUGAUAAGAAGUACAGGAUCAAAACAACUUAUUCGAGCAACUACUUCCUAACUGUAAUCUAUCUUGUGAAGACUAUAUCCUACCCCAGGUUAUUGCAGGUUUUGGUUCAAAGAAAUAGCGGAUCAAACCAACUCAUAUUCCAUCUUAACAGUCUCUAAAUCUUAUAGCUCUGAACAUCAGGCCAAUAAGGAAACACACCACUGAAACAAACCUCGGACCCUCUAUUCAAUUCAAAGCACUAAACGCAAAACGACCACUGAACGACCACUGAACAAGUAAGUCAUUAAAAAUAUUAAUUGAAAUUUGAUAAUUAUGUACCACGAGAGCUGUGUGAUAAUAUAAGAACCUAUGUUGAUCCUGGAAUGUUCGAUCUUUUAAUCUGCAUCAACCCCCCUUACAGCUGAUUUCAUUUCAGAUAUAUCAAUUGAUCAACAAUGGAUAACUAUUUGGAAUAUGGCAAACAAAUAUACGAAGAAUAUUGCUCAACAGCUGAAAACCUGCCCACAUUCACAAUGCUUCCAAGAGCACCAGAGCAGACCUACAUUGAUGUAUAUCCAGAUGAAGAUCAGCCCGGUCCCAGCUUUACAGAUGACAGACGACAUCAAUUAGACUACGAGACUGAAGUUGAGGUGUAUAGGGCUUUGGAAGAGGUAGAUGGAAACUUCAUUGUUCUUCACAGUUUCAAAUACACGCAUCAUCAAUAUCGUUUGUGUGCAGGUGAACGUCAUAUCCGAAGUGGAUGUUCUAAAUGUAAAAGCAAGAAUGCAGAAAAUCAGGAGGGGGAAAGUGACUUUCUCAUCAUUUGUGCGGACAGUUUCAUUAUCAUCGAGGUAAAGAACAUGGAUAAUGUUGGAGAGGUUGUGGAAUGUGAACCAGACUUCCACCUGUGUUCAAUUGGCGAGGACUGGCAACCUCAGUGUAACAGAGACCAGCAGUUGAAAGCAUUGAAUGGAACGUUCCAGAAAUCAGUCAAACAAAGAAACAAGAUUGUGGAACUGAUCGAGUGUAUGGAUAAAGAUGCAAAAAUUCUUCAGUUCACUGCCUAUCCUAAUUUUAGUAAACAGUUUAAAGAUGAGUUUCAAUUUAGUGAGACUACAGAACUCCGGUUAAGUGACGAUGAACUGUCAACUAUCAUAUUUGAAGAGGACCUUUGUCGCAACAAACUUGAAGACUUAAGGAAAUCCUCGAAUGAUUCGGUGACAAUUGAGUCGACAAGUUUGACAGAGCAGUCGUAUCUACAGGACAACUGGCUUUCUCGUUUAGUAAGUUGCUUUUCUCGCUGCUGCAAAAAAGACGCUGUUACAGAUGACACGAGUAGCGAACUAGAAUUAUCAAACUCAGACACUGAUUCAAACAGGAAAUUAUUCAAAUCAGACGAGAAUUUAUCUACUUUUGUUGCUCGGUGGGCAGCGAAUGUAACUCAGGCCAAUUCAUCAUCUUCAGAUUCCCAUGAGAAAGUAAGGAACAUUUUGUUAGCUAUUUGGGCCACAGAGAGAAACACGUGUGAUAAAUCCAAGUGCAGUUUAGGACGAUGUAUUAUGGAUGUCAACAAACAGCUUAAGGAAGGUCGCAUUACUUUUGAGCCUAAAAAAGGUAAAAACCGUAAUCAAAAUCCCGCAGUUGUCAAAGCUCCCGAUGUUAUCAGAAACAAUUCUAAUGUGGAAAACCUAACAGUAGAACAACACAAUGCUUUCAAGUCAAAGAGAAUUUGUUGUUGAUUAACGGACCCGCAGGGGCGGGCAAAACUGUCAUAUUGUGUGGUAAAAUACUGCAACUGUUAGAGUCUGAUAAGAACAAUAAAGUUGUGGUAUUUAAGUUUACUGGAGAAGGGAACAAUUCACAGCAUUAUCAAAGUGCGUUAGAUAACGCUAGUAUAAAUUACAAACUGAUAAGCACUAGUGAAUAUGAACACACUCCCGAACAACUAGCUAAUCUUAUAACAGAGAGUUCGUGUAAUGUUAUUAUUGUGGAGAUACCAGGUUAUGAAGAUACCACAUAUUUAACAGAUAGACUCAGUGUACUAAGUGGUUAUAAUUUGUUUGUUGAUGAUAUACAGACAGUAAUUAGAUAUAAUACCACAGCUGAAGAGUGGGCUUUAUUGAUUAACACGUUAAAAGACUUAUCAGCAGAUAAGAUUGUGUGGAUAGCAUGUGAUAUUGUCCAGGUUUGGUCGUUAUUUAACACAGAUCUCAUUUCAAUAGUAGCUAAUGUACUUACUGAUAUAUUAGCACCUCAUCAGAGGACUACUUUAUCUAGUAACUUGAGAAAUACGUUUGAUUUAUCGAAUAUUUUAUCUGUAAUCAGAGAUCAAUUCGUUAAAUUAUGUUCUCUUAAAUCAGAUAUUUUAGAUAUUAUUUUACCUUCACAAUCACCUGGACACUUUAUACACGGUACAUUACCUGUUAUACAUGUUUUUAAUGAUUAUAAUGUUGAUAGUAUUGUAAGUGUUUUUAAUAUUGAUUUAGAUAGAUUGUGUGCUACACAUGAAUUAGAUUAUUCUGAUAUAGGUAUAGUAUAUACUGAUUACACUAGUAGUAGGGAUGUAGUAUCACUAGUUAGGAACAGUGUUAAUAUGAGAUGUAAGAACACUGCUAGUAAGAUUGCAGUGUGUGACAGUUGGUAUUGUGCCUCUAGUGAGUGGCCUGCUGUAAUAGUACUGAGUGAAGUGUGGGGUAGUGAGGAGCGUGGCCUGGCUACACUUUACUUAGUGUUAUCAAGAGCACGUGUACACUGCUCUGUUGUUAUGUACCCAGGGGAGGGUAGAACAUUAGACGAUACACCUUACAUGUUACAUUUGUUAGAUAAACUGAGUAACUACGCUCGCAUUAUACGAUAUUAGAAUUGAUGUUACUGUGUAAUAACGUAAGUGGGUGACUAGUUCUAUUGUUAUGAAACAUGUAUACAUAAGCCUUGAAUAUGUGAUAGCUCUACAAUGAGUGAACUUUUACGAACUAAUUACCGAUUUUUGAAAACUUUGAGAUUUUGACCAAGCCGGGACUCGAUCUCGCUACGUCCGGGCUAGACAGACAGAUAAGGCUUAUGCUUAACCGAUUGCGCCACUGUGCUGAUAACAAUACAAACAUAUUAAGCUAGCAAUUGAGCGUUAUUUUGCAAAUAAUUUCACCCACUAACCAAACUUAACUAUUCGUUAUUGUAGUUAUUUAUAUAAUGCUAAUUACUAUGAAAUUACUAUCCACUAUAGAAUGUGUUAUCAUUCAUUUUAUCUGUCUUUCAGUUAAAUAAAAGUGUUUUAAAUCAUAAUGUUUCGUAUAAUUUAGGGUUGACCAUAUUUAGCAUAAUGUCUCAAAAAAUCUUACCUUUUCAUAUGAAUGACUUAAUAAAGAAA